AUGUACCUUGCUUCGACACGACUGACCCUCGUCAUCCAGGGACCUCGUCGAGCUGAAAUCAAGGAAUCAGCCUGCUGGAAGCUCUGGAUGCUGUGGCUGGAGCUGGAGCUCACUUGCACCGAGGGCAGGCAAGGUACGACCAGACCAGUACCAACUUCUGCCCACAUUGUGCAUACAUACGAUAAUACUAAUAAGAUGCAGUCAGAAUCAGGUAGUAUGCAGGAGGUGAGCCUCCGAGACAGGUUCGCACCAACAAGUUGCCAGGAAGCGAAGCCAGGCACGAGCACGGAAAGCCAGGCACUGCUGUAUGGUGCCCUCGCUCGCGGACAGGCUCGUCCAUCCGGUGGCUUCUGUAUCGCCAGACGGGCCAUGCCAAACGAGUCUUGCCGUCAGGAUCGUGAUGGCCUUCUCCCCGAGUGCGACCGUGGCGGCCGUCCAAGCAGACACCAGAUGGAAUGA